AAUUGUUAACAAAAAUUCAAAUUCCGAGAUUAAUGCAUGUCAUGUUUUAACGGUUUAACUCAAAUACAAGAACCAUUUUUGCGCGAACUCUUUUGUUUUCAACAAGGGAACCCUUUCUUCUCCUUUGAACAAUUAACAUCUCUCUGCAUUUUUGUAACCCCUCUUUGAUUCUCUUUCACAAAAAACCAAAUUUUCAUUUUCAUUGCUCAUGCAUGGUAUGGAGAUUGUCACGGUUCCAAAUGAUUCAAACUCGAAAGAGAAUCUGACCCUUUAUCAAGAGUGGUUCAAUUAUGCAGAUGCAGAUGGCGAUGGUCGCUUUACCGGGACUGAAGCCACCAAAUUUUUUGCAAUGUCGAAUUUGUCUCGACAAGAGCUCAAGCAGGUGUGGGCUAUUGCAGAUUCAAAGCGAGAAGGGUAUCUUGGUUUCAAAGAAUUUGUUAUUUCUAUGCAGCUUGUUUCUUUGGGACAAUCUGGCCACUCAAUAACACAGGAUCUUCUGACUAGUGAUCUUAUAAAAAACGUAAAACCACCAAAAAUGGAAGGUUUGGACGCAUUAGUUGCAAAGAAAAAGCGCAAACAUAAAGAUAAAGAUAGGAGUGUUAGUCCGCUGCCAUCACCCUCAGAUAAGUGGUUUUCUGCAAAGUCAUCAAAAAAGAUAUCUGCUUCCUCUGUGACAUCAAUUAUCGAUGGUUUGAAGAGACUUUACAUUCAAAAGUUGAAGCCUUUAGAAGUUGCCUAUCGAUUCAACGAUUUCGUAUCUCCUUUACUAACAAAUAGUGAUUUUGAUGCCAAACCUAUGGUUAUGCUUUUGGGUCAAUACUCAACCGGGAAAACAACUUUUAUUAAACAUAUGCUUCAAAGUAGUUAUCCAGGAGCUCAUAUUGGACCUGAACCAACAACUGAUAGGUUUGUUGUUGUCAUGUCUGGACCUGAUGAGAGAAGUAUUCCUGGUAAUACUGUUGCUGUCCAAGCAGACAUGCCAUUUGGUGGUCUUACAAAUUUUGGCUCCGCUUUUUUGUCAAAGUUUGAGUGUUCUACAAUGCCUCAUCCUCUACUAGAGCACAUUACAUUUGUGGACAGCCCUGGAGUUCUAUCAGGAGAAAAGCAACGAUUAGAGAGAUCAUAUGAUUUUACCGGCGUAACUUCUUGGUUUGCUGCUAAGUCUGAUUUAAUACUCCUCCUAUUUGAUCCUCACAAACUUGAUAUCAGCGACGAGUUCAAACGUGUGAUAACAUCCCUCAAGGGGCAUGAUGAUAAAAUUAGAGUGGUUUUAAACAAGGCAGACCAAGUUGAUACUCAACAGUUAAUGAGAAUUUACGGUGCUUUAAUGUGGUCACUUGGGAAAGUGCUCAAUAUUCCAGAAGUCACGCGGGUGUAUAUAGGAUCCUUCAAUGACCAGCCUGUAAACAAUGUUGUCAAUGGUGUACUUGGCAAUGAACUCUUCGAAAGAGAACAGGAAGACCUUCUUACAGAUCUAAAAGAUAUACCAAAGAAGGCUUGUGAUCGUAAAAUCAAUGAAUUUGUAAAACGAGCUCGAGCUGCCAAAAUACAUGCAUAUAUUAUCAGUCAUCUAAAAAAGCAAAUGCCUGCCAUGAUGGGGAAAGCUAAAGCUCAACAAAAACUCAUUGAUAACUUGGAGGGGGAAUUCGCAAAGGUACAAAAGGAGUUCCAUCUACCAGCAGGAGACUUUCCAAAUGUUGAACACUUCAAAGAUGUGUUGAGUGGUUAUAACAUCGACAAGUUUGAGAAAUUGAAACCGAAAUCGAUACAAGCCGUGGAUGAUAUGCUUGCUCACGACAUUCCUAAUCUCUUAAAGACUUUUAGAAAUCCAUAUGGUUAAGUUUGCAAGAGCAAUGUCAAUGACAAAAGCAUGCAUGCAUGUACAGGAAUGUGCAUGCUUUGUGAUAAAUAUGUAUCAUGUGGUGCAUAUUAUUAUCAAUAUAAUGGCUUCACCAUCAUAGAUAGAUCUAAUUGUUGAGAAGAAGGGAUUUUUGUUGUGAAA